AUGGCCAAUGAUUUUGUCUCCAAACUUGUCACGGCCGAUCCAGGCUUGCCACGACCCAAUCCUACUCAGUCUUACUGGCAGCACAUUCCUCAUGCUCUGGCUGACGUCCAAUCCUCAGUCUUGCCCAAUGACCGAGACUUUGCCAUCAUUGGGUCAGGAAUCACCGGGCUCGCAGUAGCCAAGUCCCUCCUAGAACGUCACCCAACUGCCACGGUAACCGUUCUAGAGGCACGUACGCUUUGUUCAGGAGCGACUGGGCGCAAUGGGGGUCAAAUGGCUGCUAACGCGGGAGAGGAGUAUAUGCAUCUAGCCGAGACACAUGGACCAGAAACAGCAGGGAAGAUUGUGGAUUUCACGUUUCGCAACCUGGAGAAGAUGCAGGAGAUGAUUGAAGCCUACGAUGCUGUGGAAGUUAGCGAGCUGCAGCGUCUGCAGAAAUUACGGGUGUUUUUGACCCCGAAAAAGUUUGAAGAUUUCAAGACCAGUAUUGCGCGCCUGGAACAGGAUCAUCCUUCUAAAAAAGGAAUGUAUACCAUUCUGGAUACAGAUGCAGUAGCUGAAGGAUAUGGAAUUCACGGUGCAGCCGGAGGAGCCCUCCUGUCGGCUGGAACAAUCUGGCCAUAUCGUCUUGUCACCAAAGUCUUUGCAGCACUCCUGGAAAAAUACCCAGGCCGACUGACAAUUGAAACACAUUCUCCUGUUCAGUCUGUUGAGCACUACUCAACAUUCGCAUCGCCCAUCACGACUGUCUUCCCAUAUACUUUGCGCACUUCUCGCGGUCCACUGCGGGCAGGGACUGUGGUGCACUGUACCAAUGGGUACAGCGGGCAUCUUCUCCCCAAGCUUAGGGGGCUUGUUCAUCCUUUCAAGGGUACGAUGACGGUUCAAGAUCCAAGAGACUCUGUGCCAAACCAAGGCACUUCUGUAUCAUGGGGCUUCCAUUAUAUCCCUUCCUAUGAUCCUGAAACGAAGCGUCAUGGGUAUGGAUUGUAUUAUCUAGGACAAAGCGCUAAGACAGGGUACUUCUACUUUGGGGGCGAGAAUGCACGCAUUGAGGAGUCGGUGUCUUCCGAUGAUACCUUUGUGGCUGAGCCCUCUGUUACUCACCUUCGGUCGGUACUGCCACGGUUCUUCGGCAAAUCUAAUCAAUCGAACUGGGGCCUGGUAAGCUCGUGGAGUGGGAUUAUGGGCUUCUCAUCAGACGGUCUUCCAAUGGUUGGGAGACUUCCAUCAGCGCUGACAGGGCGUAGAGGCGAUAGCGAGUGGAUUGCAGCUGCGUUCAAUGGCUAUGGAAUGGCAAAUUGCUUAAUGAGCGGUGAAGCGCUUGCUUUGAUGAUGCUCGGCGAGGAUGUUAGCCAAUGGCUUCCCAUUGCAUAUGGCCUUGGCAAGAAAAGACUUCAAGAGACUCUGACUAUUCCAGAAACUGUCAGCGCCUUGAGCUCAAAGCUAUAA